GGGAGCGUGGAAGGGAGGAAACUGAAUAGGGAAUGGGGGGAGGGGGAGAAAAAAAAGAGCUACAAGAGCAGAAUGUCCCAGUUUAGGGGACAGAGUGUUGUGGUUGGACGUGGUUAGUGGAUUCUGGACCCCCAUGCGUGUUUACUGAGGAGUAAAUGUGUUGAAUUUAGUGAGGCUUAUUCCCAAGUAAAUGCACACCGUCAUAAACACUGGUUUACCUCACAGGGUUGCUGUGAAGAUUUGUUAUUCCUUUUUUCAUAAAAAUUUGCAUGCCUCUUGUUUCUUUAACCCCUCCCCUUCUGAAUCCUAUGUAAGGCUUCAACAUUUUAUUUUUUUAUGUUUUUAACCUAGUACUCCUCUAAAGAGCUCUAUAUGCCGCCGCCCCUCUUUAUGCUCAACAACCCUGUGAGGUAGGGUAGGCCGGUGGUGGCUAGCCCAAGAUUGUUCAGCUAACUUGGUGUUUGAGUAUAAGGGAGUCAUUGGAGCACCCCACAAUUGCCUAACUUUGGCUCCCAUAGAUUCAGGUUGGGGGUCACAAGCAAGAGACCUUAGCCAGGAGAUCGAAGGAAAGCAGCAGCCAGUAGGCCUGAUCUUUAUUGUUGCAACAAGACUGCCACAUGGAAGAAGCAGAGAGAAGUCCCAAACAAAGGUGGCUCCCUGUUUUUAGAAGUUUCCCAACUUACCCAUAACACCCUUAGUAAAACAUCAUACAUUUGUCAUGACUGUGUCAUAAAUUGGGAGGGGUCUUCUGGCAGAAGCCUGAGCACCAGGCUUACCCUGUCCUCACAUGACCCCCACCUUCCAAUCUUUAGGCGAAACAAAGGUAAGUAUUUACAUUUUCCUGUUUUCCCAGACAAGUUAAGCACACCCUUUGUCUUGACCAAGACCCCAAUCCACUAAGGUUGGGUUUGGGAUUGUUCUUAGAAUGACUACCUGUUCUGGUACUCAGGUGCCAGGAUGCUAGAGAUUAUCACCCAAGCAGUGGGACACACUGAGUAGGGGGUCUCACCCUUCAGGGAUUAUGGCUGCCCCUACCCAUUUCCGAAGUUCCUCCCCUGCUAGCCAUUUUCCUUCUGAGUAGAACAAUGUUGGAAUGGUGUAAAUCUGUCAUUGCAGUGAUUUUAUAUGAAUUUCUAAAGUUUUCCAUUGACCUAAUACAUAGAUACAUUUAUCAGUGAAUUGCUACAUUUGGUAGCAGAGGCUCUUUGUCUUUGGCUCCUAGUAUGGAGAGGCAAGGCUUGUGGUGGUGGUGGAAAAGAUCUCUCACCCCCCUUUCAAUUUCCCGGUACCAUAACAGUUUGGAUUUGAAUGCAUAUUUUCUUCCACCAAGUUCACUACACCAGCCACCCACAAUAUAUGGAGAAUUAAUUUUACUGCCACUAUGGAUGAUGAUGAUAAUGAUAAAAAUAAUUUCAUUUCCUCAGUUCUCAAAUAUGAAUAUGAGAAGGGGGGCACUCCAUAUAAUGUCCAAGUAAUCCCUCUGGCUUAGAAUAAAACUAAGGUGGUAUUUCUGGAACCUGAUGUGUUUCUCAUAACUUGUACCAGUCUGUGACUCUUGAUGAGACCCAUAUUCCUAGAACAUCCUAUCCCUUUGUGAGGUGGCACAGAAUGUGGUGACAUCAAAGGUGAUAUAGCUCUGGUGUGGCAAAGAUAUGCAUCAUCCUGCGGGUAUACAAAUGUCUCCUGCUGCUGACUGGACACAGUAAUGCAAAGGCCCAGGGCCAACCGGAGGAAGCACCAGGCCUGCCCACUAGCUUGUCAUGUGAUGACUCCUUGUGACUCUCUUGUCCCGGGCUGAAGCUGUAACCAAAGAGAUGGAGCUGCUGCUGAGUGUUUUGAUGGUGGUGUUGGGAGGCCUGCAACUCCAGGCCUCCUCAACAGACCGUUCCUUCCGCAUUGAUUAUGUGAAUAACUGCUUCCUCAAAGAUGGUGCUAGAUUUCGCUAUAUCUCAGGCAGCAUCCAUUACUUCCGGGUCCCACCUGCCUAUUGGAAAGAUCGGCUCCUCAAGAUGUACAUGAGUGGCCUCAAUGCUGUGCAAAUCUAUGUGCCCUGGAACUACCAUGAGCCACAGCCUGGUGUCUACAACUUUUCUGGUGACAGAGACUUGGAAAAAUUUCUGAACUUGGUAGCCGAGUUAGACCUUUUGGUGAUCUUGCGACCCGGACCCUACAUCUGUGCUGAAUGGGAGAUGGGUGGCCUUCCAUCCUGGCUGUUGACAAAGCCAGAUAUUGCCCUGCGCACAACUGACUCAGAUUACCUGCAAGCUGUGGACAGAUGGUUGGGAGUCCUGCUGCCCAAGAUCAAGCCUCAUCUCUACCACAAUGGAGGCAACAUCAUCAGUGUCCAGGUGGAGAAUGAAUAUGGGAGCUACUAUGCCUGCGACUAUAACUACAUGCGCCACCUACUGGGUGUCUUUCGUGCCUCCCUGGGUGAGGAAGUUGUGCUCUUCACCACAGAUGGCACCUCAGCAUCUGAACUCAAGUGUGGGACACUGCAGGGCUUAUAUGCCACGGUGGACUUUGGACCAGAAGAAAACGUGACGGAGGCAUUUAUGCUGCAGCGACUGUAUGAGCCAAAGGGACCACUGGUGAAUUCUGAGUACUACACUGGCUGGCUGGAUUACUGGGGUGAGGCACACUCCACAAAAAGUGCUAAGAAAGUGGCUAACAGCUUACAGAAGAUUCUAGAAAUGGGAGCCAACGUCAACAUGUAUAUGUUCCAAGGUGGCACCAACUUUGGUUACUGGAGUGGUGCUGAUUACAAGGAUGGUUACAAACCCAUAACUACUAGCUAUGACUAUGAUGCACCACUCUCAGAGGCUGGAGACCCUACUGACAAGCUGUAUAUCAUCCGCUCAGUCAUUAGCAAGUUUCAGGAGCUGCCCGCAGGACCAAUGCCACCCCCUACCCCGAAGUUUGCAUAUGGCUAUGUAUCCGUACCCCAGCGUGUGGCCUUGCUGGAUGUUCUUGCCAUUCUCUCGCCUUCCUUGCCGUUCUAUUCCUCCUAUCCUAUUACCUUUGAAGCUCUGAAGCAGGCCCAUGGCUUCAUGCUCUACCGGACCCUUCUACCACAGGAAAUCGUGGAGUCUGCCUUGCUCAGUGCCUCUGGGAAUGGGGUCCAUGAUCUUGCCUACGUUCUGCUCAAUGGAGAGUACCAGGGGACACUGGAAAGAGACAGAGUGAAUGGGAUCAAUAUAUCGGGCCAGCUUGGGGACACAUUGGACUUGGUGGUGGAGAGCAUGGGUCGCAUCAACUUUGGGGCCAAUGACAGUGACUUUAAGGGUCUGAUCCACAAUAUCACACUGGGUACCUCCAUACUCAGUGACUGGAUCAUCUACCCCCUAGACAUAGACACAGCUGUAGCCCAUGCAUGGCCGCCAACUGCCCAGUCAAGCAGUGGGCACAGAGGACCUGCUUUCUAUACAGGAACAUUCACAACACCGGGCAUCAGCGAAGACUCCUACUUGAAGCUCCCAGGUUGGACCAAGGGUCAGGUCUGGAUCAAUGGUUUCAAUCUGGGCCGGUUCUGGCCAGUCCGUGGACCGCAGCAAACUCUCUAUGUGCCUGGCUCAUUCCUCAGUGGCUCAGCCAUCAACACUCUCGUCGUUCUUGAACUGCAGGAAGCCCCAGAUAAUCCCAAAGUGCUUUUUGUUUCCCGCCCCCUUCUCAAUGUUACCUACAACUACACCCACAAAGACAGGAAGUGAGAAGAAUUACUGUCCAGCUACAAAGUUGCUGAGAUCUGCACGUGUUACUCCAAGGGGAAGACUGAAACCAUCACAAUGUAGGAGGCAAAUGAAUAGAGGGCACUGUCAGAUGAAGGUCCUGUGCUUUUAAAGAGUAGCCCAGGCAAAAAAACAAAACUAGAAACAGAUUGUAAGUAUAAAAAAUCGUUCAGCGGAGUAUCCUUCACAGCUGCUGCUGUAUAGGGCACAUUACCAUGGACAGACUCUUGGUGCCUUAAUAUGGUGUUUUAGGUACUGGACCUUGGAUUAAAUAUUCAUACACCUAC